AUGUCGGCAAGUUCGAGCUCAGAUUCAAGGAGAUUCAAGUUAGUAUGUGCACGUGGAGACGAACCAGGUAUAUUCACGUCAAAUACCGACCUCAAUCCUUGUUGUCGAUUUCGACGUUGCAUCAACACAGAGGAGCAAUUAAAAUGCGAAGAAGUUACUGCAGUAGCAAUGGCCGAGAGGCUAAAAAUGAAGGAAGAUGAACUUUUGUAUCUUAAAUCCAAAGUAAAUGACUUGGAGGAGCAAGUACAAGUAUUGUCCAAGAGAAACAUCUUCAGAAACCUUAUUGUGUGUGUGUCAGUAGUGUUAUUUGCUGUUUUGCUUUUUUCCUUGGGUAAAGGGGAAAAUGGUUGA